AUGGCUAUUCCUGAGACAUACAAAGCCUUCAGACGCACCAUCGGCGACCUGCCGAGGACCAUCAGCCCGUCGACGGAACAGCUGCCCCGAGAGCUUGGACCGCACGAUGUCCUCCUCAAAAUCCAUGCCGUCUCCCUCAACUUCCGCGAUGUCGCUAUGCUACACGGGCGCUACCCGGUGAAUGUGAUUGAACGCGGUAUCUCGUGUUCCGACGCAGCUGCUGAGGUUGCCGCCGUUGGACGCCAAGUCAGAGAUUUCGCCAUUGGUGACCACGUUUCCGUCAUUGUCGACCUCAACAAUCUUACCGGAUGCGAGGAUGAGCCGUCUAUAGUACUUGGCGGCGACGUCGACGGCCUUCUCCGGGAGUACGCCAUCUUCGAAGACAAGUACCUUGUGCUGUUGCCUAUGCACCUGUCGUGGGAAGAGGCAGCUACCAUCACUUGUGCUGGCGUCAGCGCUUGGACUGCUCUCGACGGCCUUCAAGGGGCGAAACGGAGGAGCGCCCUCCUGCAAGGCACGGGAGGAGUCAGCUUUUUUGGCUUGCUGAUCUGCCUUGCUGCGGGCAUUCGACCCAUCAUCACGUCGUCAUCGGACAAAAAGCUUGAACAAAUUCAAGAACAGCUCGGCUCCGAUGUCGGUACCAUCAAUUACAGGACCGUCGCUGACCAAGCCUCGGAAGUCAAACGCCUUACCGACGGCAAGGGUGUCGACAUUGUCGUCAACAACGCUGGGCCGGCCUCCAUCCCGGAAGACAUCAGCUUCUUGCGGCAACGGGGCGGUCUCGUGUCCCUCGUCGGGUUCCUAGCCGGUAUGAAUGGUGUAUGGGAGCCAAGUGUCAUGAUCGCCUUGAUGUCCAAAUUCGCAAAGUUGAAGGGCAUUCUCGGAGGCUCAAAGCAGGAUUAUGUCGACCUGAAUCGGUUCCUGGAAGAGAAGAAAGUCUCCCUCGCCCCCCUCAUCGACAGAGUCUUUCAGUUCGACGAGUCGCCGGCCGCCUUCGACUAUCUAUACUCGGGAAACCAUGUCGGAAAGGUUGUUAUCAAGGUGCAGGACUAG